AAACACCUCCUCAGCCAGGCCAACCAGUCAUUUCACAGGAAUCAUGUGAUGCCCCAUUACUACCAAUAGAGAAUGAUCGGAACUCUGACAACAUCAACUUUCCAGUGGACUAUUCCAACUACAGGCAGUCAGAGAUAACUCCUGGUAGUUCAGAGACAGAUGUUAAGCAAUGGUUGAAGGAUGAAGUAGGAUUAAAUGACGAUCUUUUGAAGAAGUAUGAUAGAGUGAUUGAGAAAGAACAUGGUAGUGACCCUGUUUUUUACCAGUCUAGUAACUUUGAUCGUUCUGGCAGACCUACUGAGAUUAACGAUAAGGAUCCCAACAUUUUGUUUCGUUUAAAUGCAAUGAAGAAAGACAACUUAGAAGAAAAAAUAAAUAAUCUAAAAACAAAAGUAAUUCCAAAUCAUAAACAAGAGUUUGAAACUGGCAAUAGACCUUGUUCAAUAGAUCUGUUAAAAAAUGUGACAGAAAGAUUUCCAGUUCAGGGGGCUUCCGAAAGUUCAAAAUUACCGGAAAAUAAUAUAUCUGAUGCAAAAGACAAAAAUCUGGGAGACAACAAACUUAACAGAUCUUACCCAACAUCCUAUAAAAAACAAAAAUCACAACAAAAUAUAGCGUCAUCUAAAAGAGAAAAAAAGGGAAUCGGGAUACAGCAAGUGGAGACCCAGACUCCAAGACAAUUUAAAGGAAAUUCUGAUUUUGUCGUUUACCAGAAAGGAAAAAUAUUAAACCAACCAGAGAAUGACGGAACGCUAUCAAAAAGGUGUUUAGAAUUCAAGUCUUUUUUCAAUUUUGAAAAUUCCUCAAAGGAAUCGAGACUGAUCAAAUUCCAGUUGGAGGCAUUAAAAUUUGCUUGUGGUUGUCUCAAUGCACGAAGAAAUGGAACUAUCAUUUUUGGGGUUGCAGAUUCUGUCAAUAGCACAUAUAAGCAUGGCGAAAUCGUGGGUUUCGAAAUAAGUGAGCAUGAAUUUGAUAGCAAAUCGAAAUAUACAGAUGCUUUACGUGAUGGGAUUUCAAGAUGUGUUUCCAGUGAAGUAGUGUCCAUUGCUGGGAAAUGUAUAUCCAAUCCAAAAUUUGUCAGAGUGGCUGUUCCUGAUGAAAAAAAUUACCGCUAUGUAAUCGAGGUAGAUGUUGAACCAGCAGAAUUAUUGUGUGAAAAACACUAUUUUAAAGUGAAUUUAAAAAACAUAAAAAACUGCUCAAUUAAAUCAGUAGAAGACAAGUAUUUGAUUUAUGUUCGGAAAGGAUCCUCAACACAAUCCUAUAAAAAUGAAAAUGAACAACUAUUCAUCUUAAAAGAAUUGCAGGAAAAUUUAAUUGAAAGAAGUGUGUUUGAGAAAGAAGAGAAAGGUGAACAGGAAAAUGAAUUCUUGGCCACAAAAUUGGAACGACUUCUCACGAGAGGUACAUUCAGAUUUAACAGGCAAAAUAAGCAAAUUCUUGUGCUUAGUAAACCUACGGAUGAGCAAAAAUUGAGUGAAGAGUGGAAACAAGCAAUGUCUUUUAUAAAUUUUAUGCAGGUGACAAGUGUAUUUGAUUUUGACGAUUAUUCAAAUAUAAAUGGUUUGUGUGUUUUGUAUCAAAAUAAAGAGACCUGUGAGUUUGUAGAGAAAUGUACUUUUAAUGAUUACGCUGGAAACUUUCAGGAACUUGCAAUCAAUCUAGACUUGCGUUGUUGUGAAAAUGCGAUGUGGAUAUUUGCAAAUGGACGAAGUGAUUGCAAUGAAGAUAAACCUCAUUUGAACAGGACUGAUUGGCACAUGCACUCAGCUGGUAUUUGUAAUGCUGUCUCAUUUCUUAGCCAACCAUUUGUAAUUCCUACAGGAGGAUCUAUUAUAUUAGUUCUUCUUUUUUCAAAUGAUUUUAACGGAUUAAUAGAUACAUUUAACGAAAUGACAAGAAAGUUUGGUUGGGAGCCACUUGUAAUCAUUGCAGAAAACAAAAGAGUGUUUGAAGAAUUUGCUGAAACUAUACAGCGAGAAUGUAAAGGCUCUAUAGAGCAAUUAGAGAAGGUGUCAGUUGUAGGGAUGCUAUGGGAACAUGUGAACUGUACUAUCAGAUCAAUAAUGAGUUAUGAUGCAAAAAUAAACUUUUCUUUGUCAUCUUCAUCAGGUGCUCUUGUUGAAGUUGAUGAGAAGUUUAUAAAUGACUUAUGCGACUUAAGUAUUUUGAGCGCCACUGAGUGUAAAAACAGAACAUUGAAGAACAGUGAAGACCGGCAACAAUUUGGUGAAGAUGAAGAAUUACGAUUUUACGAAGGCAAUGUUGUUGGAUGGUGGAAUUUUUUUUCCCAGAACCAUGUCUGUGAAAGAUAUCUAUUCCAUGCUCUACAAGAGAGAGUUCAGAAUCUUCUCUAUAAUGCUAAUAGAGAUAAACAAAAGGUAGCAACACUAACUAUUGCACACGAACCUGGAGCUGGAGCUACAACCGUUGCACACCAACUUUUAUGGUAUUUUCGACGGAAAUACAGAUGUUGCAUAAUUCCACAAAUUUCAGAUAUCAGUAGCACAAUAUCUCAAAUUUUUUCACUAUGGCAGUACAAGGAAUGGAACACAAGUGAAUCCCAUGGAAGACCUGUCAUCCUCUUGUUGGAUGAUAUUGAACAAACGGAACAAUAUUUAACCGAAUUCACAUUGCAACUUUCUAAUGAAUUUAGCCAAAAAUCUUUGAACAAAAGAAUGAACUGUCUAUUAAUUAGGUGUCAAAGAAAGGAAAAAAAUGACUAUGAAUAUAGAAAUGAGAAUUUUUUCUUUUUAGAACAGAAACUCGGGAAGCAAGAGAAGGAAUGGUUCACAGCCAAGUUUUGUAAAUUAGGGCCAACUGUAAGAGAAUUAGUAAAAGAGUAUAAUCCACAACAUUUGAUAUCUUUCCUGAGUAUGCGUUCAAAAUUCAAUUUAGAAUAUAUCAGAACAACCAUCAAGCAUUUAAUCUCUACCGUUGACAUUACAUCAAACGAAUUCAAGUUAAUGAAGUACGUGUCUUUUCUUGCAACAUAUGCACCAUUUACAAACUAUGGAGGAAAAGGAUUUGUUUCAUUAGAAUGUUGGAAUGAGAUAUUUGAAAGUUUCGGCUUCAAAAUUAAAUUAGGAGGACUUCAUCCAUCAUGUUCUCUACCUAUUUUAUUAAUAAUUGGGGAAAAGGAGGGUGCAAGUGAACAGGUUCGAAUAGCACACCCAAAGCUUAGAAAAGUAAUUCUUCAAGAAAUAAUGAAUCAUGAAAAAACACUGUUGUAUGACAUUGCAAAAGAAUUUAUCGAGUUUUCUCUUUCUCAAAGUACUUCAAAUGGAAGAAAACCACUUCAAAAUUUUACCUUUGACAUCUUGGUGGAAAGGAAAAGAAAUGAAAAUAAUAACAAAAAGAUGACAGAAUUUAGUCCUUUCAUUGAGGAUAUAAUCUGUGGAUCAAAAGAUAAUUAUUGGAAAGCUGAAAACUUGCUACAAAUGGUAGCUAAUAAACUCAGUAAUCAUGUGUUAUUUCAACUCUUCGGAAGACUUUUUUUUAAAUGGCAGAAAUAUGACAAGGCUAUACAAUGUGCCAAAAGAGCGGUUGACUUAUUGAAAUCGUCAACUUGUAUUCCUCGCAUGUACGACGAUGCGUUGCAUAAAAAAUUAAGAGAGCUCGAAAAGGAGAAAUUUUCUCAAUCGGAAGAUGCACAGGAACGCUUAAAACUGUUUUUUGAUUAUCUGGACAUCGUUUUUCAUGCUUCGAGUUCAAAUUGCACACCGAAACCUUGGAACAUUCAUCCUAUGUGA